AUGCUAGCCUGUCUCUGUCUAUUAAUCUUUCACUCCACUAGCUAUCAGCAUGUUAAUAAUGCUGUUUAUUCUUUAUCAGGGUUUUGUGUGCCUGCGUACAACCAGAUCAGAAAACACGUGUUUGUGGAAACUGAGAAGAGCUGGUCUGGAGCUCAGAGCUACUGUAGAGAGAAGCACACAGACCUGGCCACUGUGCGCAGCCAGGAAGAAGCAGAGCAGCUCUUAAAUAUUACAGGAGCUUCUCUCGGGGAUUCCUGGAUCGGGCUGUAUCGUGAUGACACACAGAACUGGCAGUGGUCUAACAGCGAUGAUGUCAUCUACUCCAACUGGAGGGCAGAUGUCUUCUGUGCUUCAGUCAAUUCAGACGGAAAGUGGACUGAUUUACCCUGCCACCUUCAGAAAGCCUUCAUGUGCUACAAAGAGACCAGCAACAUCACUGAGAGAUACACCCUGAUUGAAGAACUGAAAACCUGGACUGAAGCUCAGCAGUACUGUAGGGAACAACACACCGACCUCGUCAGUAUAAAGAACGCCAGUGAAAAUGAAGAAAUAGUGAAGAAAGCACAGGGCAAGCCCUUCUGGAUAGGCCUCCCAGAUGCAGGAAGAAGACCAAGAUGCAGCGGCUCCUCUGGUCAAUGUUUCUAUGAAGGAUCUGGGAAGACAUGGCAGGAAGCUCAGAGCUACUGCAGAAACCAAGGCAGAGACCUGCCCACCAUUCAAGACCAGGCCAGGGUUAAUAAGCUUAUAGGUCUUAUACCUUCAAAUAGUAACUGGUAUUACUGGAUCGGGCUGUAUCAUGACAAAGAGAACUGGCAGUGGUCCAGAGGAGGUGAUGUCAUCUACUCCAACUGGGAACCAUACCUCUUCUGUGCUUCAGUCAAUUCAGAGGGAGAGUGGGAGGAUUCACUCUGCAGUCAGGGAAACUAUUUCAUGUGCUACAACGAGACCAGCAACAUCACUGAGAGAUACACCCUGAUUGAAGAACUGAAAACCUGGACUGAAGCUCAGCAGUACUGUAGAGAACACCACACCGACCUCGUCAGUAUAAAGAACGCCAGUGAAAAUGAAGAACUAGUGAAGAAAGCGCAGGGCAAGCCCUUCUGGAUAGGCCUGUUCAAUGAGCCCUGGAAGUGGUCACACCAGGGGGAUAACUACACAUUUCACAACUGGAACUAUUGGGAACCAGACAAUGGGGGAGGGGAUGAGAACUGUGUGAUGAUGAGUAAGACUGGUGAAUGGAUCGACUAUGGCUGCAACAUUCAGUUGCCCUUCUUCUGCUGUGAGGAAGGAGAAUCCACGAGCCCCUCUUCCACUCCGGUCUCUCAAGAGCUCGCUGGGGCUGCAGUGAAUCCAGUAGAGCAGGGCGGGUGA